AUGGCGGCCUCUGAUGUCGAAGACGGGCACUCUCGCUCAGCUUCUCCCGAAGACAGCGGGACUGAGAAUACUCAAAAUAACAUGGCCGAACCACCGUCCAAAGACGAAAAGCAGAAGCAAAACGGCUCGGCCUCCACUAACCCCAAGGACCCCAAUCGACCGAGACGUAAGAAGGCACGCAGGGCAUGCUACGCCUGUCAACGUGCCCAUCUGACCUGCGGUGACGAACGGCCCUGUCAGAGGUGUAUCAAGAGGGGUUUGCAAGACGCUUGUCAAGACGGAGUCCGUAAGAAGGCAAAGUAUCUCCACGAUGCGCCAAAUGAAGCUCUCAUGCCGGUGGUUGGCGGGAAUUUGUUCAAUCGGUCUGCUGCGAAACAGCGGAGUUCGACCAUCACAAGUGAUACUUCUUCGCAGCAACCAUACUUCCAACAGCCGCAGAAUUUCAACAACUUCCAGAAUACCCCUCAACAGCAGAUGCCCCCUCCGCUGGUGCACGAACGGAGCAUGAGUACGACGAGCUUUUCUCAGCACUCACCUCUGACCACCAAUUUUACUGGCAUGACCUCGCAAGUUGCUCUACAAAGUCCUGUCAUUGGUGGGGAUCCGGCGACUACCAAUGGCAUGGGAGGUGCUCCUUGGUCCGGAGCGCUGUUUGAGGAGCCUUCGCCGUUUAACUUUGAUAUUGCCAGCAUGAAUUUUGGCAAUCAUUACGGUGCGUUAGAGUUCGGUAUGCUUGGACACAUGGCCACAAACGCUGGGGAGACUCCGCCUAGCGACACCACAACACAUCGAGGUUCCAUGACACAACAGUAUCGAAUGCCUCUGGGUAGCUUCAGCGACAGUCCCACUGCACGUCAACAACUGUACAACGAGACCGCCAUGUUGUCGGACUGGUCCAACAAUUCGGAUCCGUAUAGCGCCCAUAACCGCCACAUGGCUCCAAACGCGUUCACCAUCGAGUCCAAUGCGGCACAUUGGACCUCACCAGACACCAGCGGUACCCCGGGUAAUGGUGUCAAGUUUGAAGAUUCACCACUGUUGACCAACCAGGGGUUACAAGCCCCGCCGACUCAUCUUGAGAAUGGCAACCUGACACAGCCGAACAAUUCUCUGGAUAGUCGACCGAAGCAGCCCCCUCCAAUAUCCACGCCACAACUCAAAGCAAGGUCUCAACUGCCCGCCAAACCGUUAAAACGGCCUCGAGAUCCCUCGUCAAUCUACACCUCGGUCACGCAACCCCAUUCGUACACUGCUGGCUUUCACAAUCUAGUCGCAUAUUGCCGGAAACGCUUCGCCACCCAACCUUCAAAGACACUUGCAAUUGCAAAGUCUCUGGCCUCUAUCAGGCCCUCAUUUAUUGCUACUACAAGGACGUUAAACCGCGAAGAUCUCAUAUUCAUGGAAAAAUGUUUCCAGAGGACCUUGUGGGAAUACGAGGGCUUUAUUGAAGGUGUGGGCACGCCGACCAUUGUGGCUCGGAGAACAGGCGAAAUCGCCGCAGUUGGAAAGGAAUUCCAGAUCCUCACGGGCUGGACUAAGAGUGUCUUGCUUGGCCGAAGCCCCAAUCUGAACGUGAAUCGAGGGCAUUCGGGUGCGACUCCCUCGGGCGGGUCGGGCACAAAUACUGCGAGCCGGACAGCGGGGUUCAAUACGCCCACGCAGCGCACCACCGAAGCCGAAAAUGGCGAGAAACGGUCUCAGCCGGUCCUUCUUGCAGAAUUGCUUGACGACGAUUCUGUCGUUCAAUUCUACGAAGACUUUGCAAGACUGGCCUUUGGUGAUAGCCGGGGCAGCGUAUUGGGAAGAGGCAAACUGCUCAAGUAUCGUACGAAAGAUGAUGAGCUUUCCCAGAAUCUCAAUGCGGAAGCCGAGGCACGCAAUGAAGAUGGCAAACCCAAUGGCACAGAUGGUCGACGGAAGGAUAGUAACCAUUCCCGGAGAAACGACAUGAAAAAGGAUGGCAUUUCGGGUGAAAAAGGAAUGCAGAAACUCGGAUCAGCCGAUGGGAAGGUGGAUUGCACUUAUUGUUGGACCGUCAAGCGUGACGUCUUUGAUAUUCCCAUGCUGAUCGUUAUGAAUUUCUUGCCUUGUAUAUAG